UCCGGAGAUUGACACAUUCCCGCACCUCACACUGGAUUUGAAUGAGUGGAUUUUGACAGAUAAGAAAAACCAAACCGGGUCCCAGGUGAUAAAUAACAACAAACGUUUAAUCAGUGUUCAGUUAAAUGAAUUUAUCAAUAUGUGACAUUCAAAUUGUGUAAAACUUCAAAGAAUCCUUCGGUAUGAUCAACUGUUGAAAGUGAAUGGAUCGGUAAUGUUAUCGGAAUUUUUGCUUUUACGAUCGUUUUCAGUCAGUUUUAGAGGUAGAUGGUUUGGAUAUGUGAUUACAUCGGAGAAAUUUCUUAUGUGUCUAAGAUGUUCAUCUUAAAUCAAUGAUUGAUCGGCAAGAAAACAUUUGAAUAUUUUUGAAAUCGAAAAGAUGAGCAAGAUGGCGGCUCCCAGUAGUUUGUGGUGUCUGGGAUCAUAUUUUAUUCUGUUAGCUUUAGAUAUUGUAAUAUGUGAUUGUGUCAGUAAACUUCAUGUUCCUCAUUUAACUCCACCAGAUUCUGUCAUUAUUACAAUAUCAUCAUUAGGUGACACACCAUCAUUAGUUAAUCAACAGGAGAUAUCAGGAAUAUUUGACUUAUCCAACACAGAAUUCAAAUCAAAAGGUGAUCUUUCUGGAUUUUUAGGAGGAACAUUUGAUAUCAUUAUUAAAAGUGAUGUGCAUACUUCUGAACAACACCAUCUCCUUGUUAAAGUUGACAAUUCUUCAGAAUUAUUUUCAUUCUCACAUCAUCAAUAUUUUGCAUCAGUGCAAGAAAAUUCAGCUCGACAUACUAAAUUAGAUGUCAUUGGAGAUCUCUUUGUGAAUUGUGAUACAGAUGUAUCCUUAAGAUUUGUUUUAGGUACUAGCGAUAAAUUUUAUGUGAAACGUCACAAAAAAGGUGCUAAGCAAUGUGUAGAAAUAUACACAAAUGGACCACUGGACAGAGAAAAAAAAGAUACAUAUUCAUUACUGCUACAAGCAAAAUCAAAGGAUGGAAAAAUUGCACAAACAGUCAUUCAUGUGUAUAUACAAGAUGAAAAUGACGAAAUUCCCAAAUUUAAUCAAACAAAAUAUACCACAAAUAUACCCACUAGUUUGUUAGUUGGGAGUUCUGUUUUAAAGGUUCAGGCCAUUGACAAGGACAUUGGAACAGUUUCAUAUCAUUUAGAGGGAACAACAGAUUUCAGUAUUAACUCAAUGUCUGGAGAUAUAGUACUGUCUUCAAGUUCAUAUUCCGUUAAAGAUCAUAAAUUCAGAGUAGUGGCUACUGAUCAAGGUGGCCUUAAGUCAUCAGCAAACGUUCAAAUAAAUAUUUUGUCUGGAAAUUUAAAGUUUAUUCCACAUCAUCAUUUGUCAAAACGGGCAGUAAAUAGAUUAGAGAGAAGUUUUGAAAUUUUUGAAAAUGAGGGUAAAAGCAAACCACUUUUCUCCAUUGCUUCCCAGCUUACACCUUCAACAGGCAUUGAACAGUACCACCUCAUAGAGUCAACUGUUGACCUGUUUCAAGUAGAUACAAGAGGAAAUGUAUUUGUUAAAGAAGGUCAUACUUUGGAUUAUGAAGAAGUCGGUCACAGAUCCAUCAUCAUGAAUUUUAAUAUAACUAAUACUAACAGUCAGACAGACUAUACAUUGGUGAAAGUGACAUUAACUGUAAAGGAUGUCAAUGACGAGAAACCAAGGUUUAUCAAUGAGCCUCGACCUUUCCUGGCUACAGUGUCCACCAAUCCAAGUGCCGGAGAGCUGGUGUAUGAACUUAUGGCUGAUGACGCAGACACAGGAUCUAGUAUUACAUAUAUACUGGAGUCUGCUGGGGAAGGGAAGUUUGCCAUCCAAAACAUCAUUGCUGCUGGCCGCCAUAUUGGUAGGAUUGUAACCACAAAGACAGGACAUGGACAAUAUGAGAAAGGACGAGAAUUUUCAUUGGUUGUAUCAGCUCAGGACACAUCAGUAACACCAACAGUUAUACAGAAAUCUAAUUUUGAGAUUGUAAAAGUUUUAGUUGGAUCCAGACCUCCACAAUUCUUUGAAGACCCCUAUAUUGGAUAUGUGAUGGAAAAUAAUCAAGCUGGCUACAAACUGACAAAUGAUGAUGGCAGCCCUUUAAGCAUCAAAGCCAAACCAUUCCAAUCCAAAACUCCAGAUGAAAAUACAGAUUAUGAUGGCACCAUUAAAUUUUCACUGUUAGAUGAGAGGAGUCAAACAUCAACAUUAUUUACUAUGAGUGAUGAUGGAGAGGUAGCUACUUUACAGAGUAUGGACUACGAGGCUUCCACGGCACAUCAGUUUGUCCUCACUCUCAGGGCUGUAGAAGAAUCAACAGGACUACAGAGUACCACACAGCUGAGAGUCAAUUUGAUAGAUGUUAAUGACAAUGACCCGACCUUUGAACUAUCAACCUAUACAAAUACCACCUCGGAAGGGACACCUGUCAACACCACAUUGUUUUCUGUGGCUGCCACAGACAGAGAUUCCGGGGACAAUGCCAAACUGACCUACUCUGUUAGUGAUGAUCAUUUCUAUGUGGUUACCAGACAGGAUAAGAGGGGACGAUACAUUGGAGAUAUCAAAGUAGCAAAGAGACUCGAUUAUGACUUCCGACCUGAUCGUUUGUACAAGUUCAAUGUAACAGCCACAGAUGCUGGACCAUUUAAGAAAUCAGGUCUAGCCAAUGUUGUCAUAUAUGUUACAAAUAUUAAUGAUGAGCCCCCAGAGUUUGGUAAAACUAAGGAGGAUAUUCAUACCUUUAUACGUGAGGACCAAAAUGCUGGAAGCUAUGUCAAAACUGUACAGGCAAUCGACCCAGAUGGUGAUAAUGUGGAAUAUUACUUUACAGAUAAAUUGUCAGUUGCACCAAAUGGACCAUUCAGAAUUGAUGCAAGAUCUGGUCUCAUAACAUUAACAAACAUAAUACCAGCUCAUAUCCCUUCAUACACAUUAAAUAUCACAGCUUAUGAUGAUGGUAGCUGUUGUGGAGGUUUUCCUAAACUUAGGAGUGAUUCCUAUGUUGUGGUAGAAAUAAAGGAUAUCAACAACAACAAUCCAAGAUUUCCUAGUUGUAGCUAUGCUCCUCAUAUCAUGGAAAAUAUGGCUCCUGGAACCUUUGUUGUCAGGGUACAAGCAGAAGAUGAUGAUAGAGGUUUUAAUGGUAAAAUAAAAUACCAUGUUGUAACUCCAGCUGGUAAGACACAGAGCUUCAAUGUAGAUCCUGACAAUGGUACUGUCACAUCCAGGGUAAUGUUUGAUCGGGAAUCUGAACAGGGCAUGAGAGGUUAUCCUCUUACCAUCAUGGCUGAGGAUCAGGGACAGACCAGGAAGUUAAAUAGUUUGUGUACAUUCUGGGUCACGAUUGACGAUCUGAAUGACAAUCCACCAAAGUUUGAUUCGUCAGUUUACACACCAACAAUCGUGCGAAGUUUAGAUGUGAACAAAGUUGUGACAUCAUUAUUAGCAACAGAUCAGGAUAUGGGUACAAAUGCUGAAGUCCAAUACUCACUUAUAGAGAACCCAGAAGACAGGUUUAGAAUCGAUCCUGAUACUGGUACAAUCUUCCUCACCAAGAGUUUGUCUGAUUUUUUGGAUAGUUCAAUAAGAUUACAAGUAAAGACAGAAGACAAAGGAAUUCCCCCACUUCACAGCACAGUACUUGUCAACAUUGAUGUUACGACAGGUGAUCAGCCUGCCCCAACAUGGGAUGACAACUAUAAUGGUCAAAGUUUUAAUGUAAAUGAAACAGAACAAGUGGGAUACAAAAUAGCUACAUUUUAUGCUUCUUCUAAUGUACCACCACCACUAGAUGGAGUUUCAUUUGCAAUAGUCGACUCCAAUGGACAACCUAGGCAAUCUGCAGGAAACUUCCGUGUUGAAGGCAGGGACAAUUACAUGUAUUUACGACUAAAUGGACCAUUGAAUUACAAGAUCAACAAUACUUAUACACUACGUCUCAGAGUAACUAAUCAAGGCCUGACACCACUUUCACAGGAAAUGCGUGUAACUAUCAGUGUCCGUGACAUGAAUAAUGAAGUACCACAGUUUGAAGGACUUGACCCCAAACUUGCUAACUUGUUCCGUGGUAGUGUCCCAGAAAAUGAACCUUCUGGUGUGUCAGUGUUUACAGUGAAAGCUGUAGAUGCUGAUGCAGAUCUUCCAAAUAAUCUGGUAUACUAUAGCUUGGUAGCAGAUAAGAAUAAUGCCUAUCUGAAGUUCAGAAUUGACCAGCAGACAGGUCUAAUUACCACAAAUACAACUUUUGAUAGAGAGGAAGAGAAUGUCUACUUUAUAACUGUAAUGGCUAAAGAUGGUAUUAACUCUGAUAUCCCAUAUCAUGAACCACCUAAUUCACCUAAUAGUGCCCAAGCUCAAGUCCAGGUUAUAAUUGGAGAUAAGAAUGACAACCCACCAGUGUUUGAGAAGCCUCUUUAUGAGACAAAUGUAUUUGAACAACCCCCAGACAGUAGUAAAUCCAUAAUCAGAGUACAGGCCACUGAUAAAGAUAUAGCUGAUACCUUGACAUACUCCAUAACCAGUGGUAAUACUGAUGGUGUAUUUAGUAUACGAGGGAAGACUGGAGAUAUCUAUGUAGCCAGAGAUCUGGAUUAUGAAACCAUGUCACAUACCUUUACCCUAACUAUAACAGUGAGUGACAGUUUCUAUACCAACAUGACAACAGUGAUACUCCAUGUACAAGAUGUCAAUGAUAAUGCACCAGAAUUUACAAAAUCAGAGUAUGUUAUAACAUCAGUCGUGGAAGAGGAAACCCCACCCCAGGGAGGACAAUUUCUUGUUCAGGUUGGUGCAACAGAUAAGGACACGGCCAGAACCACAGAUUUUGUAUACAGCAUUAGUAGUGACGACAACAAACCUAAUGAUCCAACAUUCUCUAUAGAGCCUAAAACUGGUAGGAUCUAUUUACUGAAGUCCUUGGAUAGAGACUUGCCAAAGGGACGAGCAGAGUUCCAGUUUAAUGUUCUGGUUGUGGAUGAACCGAACUCAGCACAGUCUCUGAUAGGUUAUGCUUAUGUCAAGGUCAAACCUAUUGACAUUAAUGAUAAUCGACCAGAGUUCACCACAAACUUGACAGGUUAUGUUCCAGAAAAUUCUGCUAAAGAUUUUAGAGACAAAGUGUACGGUAAGAAUGUGAUGACAGUGCGUGCUAAUGAUGUGGAUUAUGGUAGAAAUGGUACGGUACAUUAUAUGAUCGGGGACAAUCGUCCCGUGGAUCCAGAAACUUCCAUGAGUCUGUUUCUAAUUGAUAGAGAAACUGGUCUGAUUACGUCUAACACUAACAAACUGGACAGAGAAACGUUAGAUCGUUAUUAUCUCCCCAUUGUGGCAUAUGACAAUGGUGUCAAUCCACAAAGCUCAACAGCUACAGUGACAGUAGUGGUUACAGAUGAAAACGAUGAAAGGCCCAAAUUUCUACAGAAGAUUUACCGUGUUGAUUUGUCUGAAAGUCAGUUAAGUGGUCCUGUUGUUUCUGUCGUGGCAACUGAUGAUGAUGUUGAUGACAAUGCUAAGCUGACAUACUCAAUUGUGACACAGAACGAUCUGAAUUUCUUCUCAAUUAUAACUUUACCCUCCAAUGAUGGAGUAAUAACAGUCUAUAAUCCUGUUGAUUAUGAAAACAGAACCCAACGUUUCUUCAACCUGACAGUAAAAGCCAGAGAUGCCAAUCCUAAUCAUUUUGAUAUUGCCCAUGUUGAGAUUACAGUAACUGAUGCUAAUGAUGAAAAACCAGAAUUCCUGAAGAAAGUAGAAGUCAUCACAAGGGAUGAAAAUAUCCCAGAGAAUUCAUUGUUACACACCUUCUCAGCACAUGAUAAAGAUAGCCCGCCAAAUAAUGAAUUUACAUUUUCAAUAGCUGACCAUGCAGACAGGUUUUAUGUAGAACAGCAUGGAGACUAUUGUAUGGUCAAGAUACAGAAUGGACUUGAUGGUCAGACAUUGGACAGAGAGACUAGUGACCAGUAUACAGUUAAAGUUCUAGCAAUCGAUAAAGGAAUUCCAGCACAGACAGGAACUGCAACAUUGUAUAUUAAGGUAACAGAUCUAAACGACGAGGCACCAACCUUUGCCAAACAGUAUCGUCCAAUUGUAAUGGAAGAUGAGGACCCGUCCCAUGAACCAGUCAUUACUUUCAGUGCCAUAGAUAGGGAUACCAAAAAAUAUGGUCCUCCCUUCAAGUUUGAAUUACCAGUCUGUAAAAAUCCUACUUGCAACGAGAACAUCAAUCAUAUGUUUAGUUUGGAAUUUGAUCCAACUGGCGAUGGGGGAAAUGGAACAGGCAAAGUAAUGGCCCUUGGAAAAUUUUUCCGUGAAGAACAGAAAUUUUAUUAUUUACCAAUUAUAAUGAAGGACAUGGGAGGUAACAACCGAUUGUCCCAGACAGGAACCAGUACACUGACCAUAGAGAUUGGAGAUAAAAACAAUAAUCAACAUUAUGAUGGAUUCAAAGAGAUAUUUGUAUAUAAUUAUAAAGGUUUGUUUGGAGACAUAGAAAUAGGCAGAGCUAAUGCAGAGGAUCUUGAUGAUUGGGAUCAUAAAGAUAAACUCUACGUAUUCAAAGGACCAAAAGCAAUGACACAGUUCUUCAGUGUAAAUGGAGAAACUGGUAUGAUUACCAUGAAAAAAGGGGUACCAGGAGGGGUAUUUGAUUUUAAGGUGACAGUGUAUGAUCAUGUGGUGUUUAAUAAGAAGAAUGCAACAGCCUCCAUUAAAGUAACUGUAAAGGAAAUAUCAGAUAACGCUGUGUACAGCUCUGGCUCUAUUAGAUUGACAGGUAUAACAGCAGAGCAGUUUAUGGAAAAAUCCUCCUACAUGGACUCGGCAGGUAAUACACAACAUUCAGAAAGUAAUUACGAGAAGUUUCAGAAGAAGUUAGCAGAGAAAUUAGGGGUACCAGUAGAGAAUGUUGAUAUAUUCAGUGUGAUGGACAAUAAGACAAUGCAGUAUUUAGAUGUAAGAUAUGCAGCUCAUGGUUCUCCUUGGUACCCUCCCAGUAAAAUAAAUGGCAUUGUUACACAGUAUAAGACAGAGUUUGAAACGGAAUCUGGAGGUAAUGUUGCCAUGGUGAAUAUAGACGAAUGUCUGAAAGAGAUAUGUGACAGCGGAGGGUGUGCCAAUAUUCUGUAUGUGGAUGAGCAUGCUCCAGUGAUGAUCAACACUAAAGGCAAAUCAUUUGUUGGCAUAGGAACAAAGAUCGUAGCUGAAUGUCAAUGUCUGGCCAAAAACUUCUCUAAGCCAUUGUCAUGUACAGCUGGUUAUUGUUUCAAUGGAGGAACUUGUUUUAAAGAUGACUUUGGUGAUCUGAGCUGUUCGUGUCAUAGUGAAUUUAAUGGUAAACGCUGUCAACAGACCCACCAUAGUUUUAACAGUGGUUAUACAGUAUACCAGCCAUUGGCCCAGUGUGAGGACAGCACAACUAGUAUAGAAUUUGUCACCAAAGAAAAAAAUGGACUAUUGUUUUAUAAUGGUCCUGUGGAUAAAAUCAGUCCAGAUCAUCCUAAAGAUUUCAUAUCCUUGGAGUUACGAGAUGGUUACCCUGUGUUGUACAUAAAUCAUGGAACUGGUACCUUAAAAUUACAGUUGGAUGGGAAAGGAAAAGAUGGUAUAACAAGAAUGAAAGGGUUAGAUGAUGGAACCUGGCGUCGUAUCGAUCUUAUUAGGAAAGGACAGCAUGUAACUAUGAUUGUGGACCAUUGUGCAUCAGCCACCACAGGAAGUAGCCCAUCUCAAGACAGGAAGUCAUGUGAGAUCAGUGGUAAGACACUGGGACGUAACAAAUACCUGAACGUGAACACAGUAUUACAGAUGGGUGGACGAUACAGUGUACCAGCCUUUCCUACGGGGAUUACAAACCACAGAUUUAAUGGAUGUAUAAAGAACUUCUACCACAAUGGAGAGCUAUAUGACUUACAUACAAGUAAGAAUCACCCUGGAGAAAAUCACCAGAAUGGAUGUCAGAGAGAGGAUGCUAUAUGUGGUCGUGCUUCUAUCAAUAGUAUAUCUAAAUGUGGACAACAUGGAACUUGUGAGAUGGUCAACUGGUACGACAAUGAUGUCAAAUGUGUUUGUCAUCCUGGAUAUAGGCCUGCAGAUAAAAACUCGAUUAGAUGUCAGCUUGAAACCACUGUGAGAGAUUUCAAUACAUCAGCUUUCAUGGUAUGGGACUUGAAGGACCAGUUUUUAACGAGUAGACAUCCACAGAAGUUAAGUCUACAGCUGCGAUUCAGGACUAGAGAUUUUGAUGGAGGAGUAUUAUUACAUCUUCCUUCUAAUGGAAAUGAAUUUAUUACGCUUGAGAUUGUAAAUAACCAUGUUCAAGGUAGAUAUAACCUAGGAAGCCAUGAUAGUUCUGUUAGUAAUGUUAUAGCAUUGUCAGAAGCCGUAGCUAACAAUGGACAGUGGCAUACUGUUACACUGACAAGGUCUGGACAGUGGAUUCAACUCAAAAUGGACAAUGGUGAAGGCCGCUUCUUCAAUGAGACAUUUGACAACACAUAUAAUGGAAACUUUUUUGUGCUAAGUAGAGACCGAAUUGUGUCUGGAUCCAGAGUAGUGUGGGAUCCCAAUGCAAGAUUUGAAGCUAAAGGUCUUAGUGAUACCUGUGUAACUGACAUUCGAGUAGACAACAAAUGGUUCCCUAUGAAGAUGGAAGAGAGUACCGAAAGUCCUGCAGCUGUGAUGACAAUUAGUUCUAAUGUGAGAAUGGGAUGUUAUCGACCUGACUGCAAUGGUGUUGUAUGUCAAGCGGGCAAACCAAUAAGAAAAGAAUGUUACCCAUUGUGGGGCACCUAUGAGUGCAGAUGUCCAAAUCACAGUACACCAAUAUCUAGUGUUGCCUGUGAUAAGAUUCUUUAUUGUAAAGGAAAGAAUCCCUGUUAUUCAGGAGGAAAGUGUAUAGAGCUUCCAUUCCCUAAGACAUUCCGUUGUAAGUGUCCACCUGGAUGGACGGGAGAAUUAUGUAAUCAACAAGCCAUUGCAGAAGUAGCACAAGGAGGGGUCACAACAGAACUACUGGUCAUUAUAUUUGUCAGCAUAUUUGCAGUAUCAUUGAUAGCUUUAAUAGCAUUCCUGUUAAUAACUCGGUGUAACAAGAGAGAAGGAGACAAGUCUAUACUGUACGAUGAUCAAUAUGAUGACAUCAGAGAAAAUGUUAUUGAUCAUGAUGAGGAAGGAGCAGGUGAAGAGGAUAAAGAUAUUUAUGAUGUUUCUAGAUUACGUAGAGCAGAUAUGCCGUACAUGGACAAAGGUUACAUGUUACUACCUAAUGGGAAAGGACCUUAUGGAGAGGGCGUGGAGCACUUUAUUCAUGACAGACUAGACAAAGCAGAUGAAGAUGGUCCUCCACAUGAUAAUGUUAUGGAGUUUGCUUACGAGGGUGGGGACACUGAUGUUGGUUCUCUUAGUUCUCUAAACACAUCUACUGAUGGAGACCAAGACUAUAACUAUUUAGAAGACUGGGGUCCAAAGUUUUCUAAGUUAGCAGAUAUGUAUGGAGGGGGAGAGGAAGAUUUGUAGCAUGAGAUGACCAAAGACAGUAGCAUCCCCUAAUCAUUACAUUGUAUCUAGAAGAGAUUUAAUCUCGGACCAUCUUUAAUCAUUUGUAUUCAACUUGUGUCUAAGGACAUAGUUGGCGUUUACACACGAGAUCAAAUCUCACUAAAAAAACUUUUAUGUCAUAAUCAACCAGUUCAUACAUGUUAAACUUCAGGUGUGACUUUAAUAUAGAAAUACACCUUUCACUUUUUUUACAUGAAAAAUUCCUUUGUAAAUAUGUGAUGCAAGAAGAUAAACUGUUCUUAUGUAAAGAAAUGUACAAGCAACAUUAGAUCUAUGAUACUAGAUAUACCAAAAAGAUGAUAGAAAAGUAUGUCUUCUUGUAUCUUAAUAUUUAGUCAUUGUUACAUAAAGUGGGAAAUUUUGAUAACAUUCCGAAGUAAAUGACAAGGGAGGCAAUGGAUGCCAUAUCUGUUACGACAUUAAUUACAGCUUUUCUGUAAAAGCAUGCAAAGCAAACCUUUGAUCAAUUUGCUUGCUAUGUUUGUUUGGAUGUUUGUAAACAACAGGUAGGUAGUCUAUUUCAGUCUGUUUACUAUAUACUGGAAUUUGAUUGGACAAUAAACAUUAAUUCAUUUAAAUGUUAAGUUUCACAUUGUAUAUCAAUGUUUAUUGUCCAAUCAAAUACCAGUAUAUAUUAAACAGACUGAAACUCCGCCUACCCUUUUGUUUACAAACAUCCAAGCAAACAUAGCAAGCAAGUCGAU